GCUGCCGCCUCGCCUCGCUCUAGCUGUCUGGCGGUCCCCACCUAGGGCAAGCUGCCCACGCCGUUACCUGGUCCAGCUCCCCAGGAGGCUUGGCCCGUCGCUCUGCAGCCGCGCCUCUGAGCUGUCCCGCAGGCUCAGGCUGUGACACUUCGGGUCUUCACCCUACAAGCACCAUGAGAGGCCUUCUUUGCUGGCUGCUGCCUCUGCUGCUGUUCUUUCUCCAGCCCUGGGAAAGCCAGCUCCAGUCUGCAGGUCCUAGGUGCUAUACUGGGCCACUGGAUUUGGUGUUCGUGAUUGAUAGCUCCCGCAGCGUGCGUCCUUUCGAGUUCGAGACCAUGCGUCAGUUUCUAGUGGGCCUCCUCCGUAGCCUGGACGUGGGGCUGAACGCCACACGCGUUGGUGUGAUCCAGUAUUCUAGCCAAGUGCAGAGCGUGUUUCCCCUGGGCGCCUUCUCGCGCCGCGAGGACAUGGAGCGCGCCAUCCGCGCCGUGGUUCCGCUGGCACAGGGCACCAUGACCGGACUGGCGAUCCAGUAUGCCAUGAACGUGGCCUUCAGCGAGGCCGAAGGUGCGCGCCCGCCGGAGGAGCGAGUGCCGCGGGUCUUGGUCAUCGUGACCGACGGGCGACCUCAAGACCGAGUGGCCGAAGUGGCCGCGCAGGCGCGUGCCCGCGGCAUUGAGAUCUAUGCGGUGGGGGUGCAGCGAGCCGACGUGGGAUCUCUACGCGCCAUGGCUUCGCCGCCGCUGGACCAGCACGUCUUCUUGGUGGAGUCCUUCGAUCUCAUCCAGGAGUUUGGCCUGCAGUUCCAGGGCCGGCUGUGUGGGAAGGACCUGUGUGCUGAGUGGGGCCAUGGUUGCCAACACCAGUGUGUCAACGCUCCAGGAACCUUCUACUGCACCUGCAGCUCUGGCUACAGGCUAGCACCGGACAACAAGAACUGUGUGGCCAUGGACCUCUGUGCUGAAGGAACCCAUGGUUGUGAACACAUCUGUGUCAAUUCCCUGGAUUCCUAUUUCUGUCGUUGUCGAGCUGGCUUUACACUCCAGCAGGACCAGAGGAGCUGCAGGGUGAUCGACUACUGCAGCUUUGGAAACCAUAGCUGCCAGCACGAAUGUGUGAACACCCUCGUGGGGCCACAGUGCCGCUGCAGAGAGGGCCACGACCUGCUGCCUGACGGGAGGAGCUGUCGGGUCAGGGACUUCUGCAAUGGCGUCGAUCAUGGCUGCGAGUUCCAGUGUGUGAGUGAGGGUCUUUCCUUCCGCUGCCUGUGUCCUGAGGGGAGGCGACUUCAGGCUGAUGGCAAGAGCUGUGACCGGUGCCGGGAGGGCCACGUGGAUCUUGUUCUCCUGGUGGAUGGCUCCAAGAGUGUGCGUCCACAGAACUUCGAGCUGGUGAAGCGCUUCGUGAACCAGAUCGUGGACUUCCUGGACGUGUCCCCCGAGGGCACACGCAUCGGGCUGGUGCAAUUCUCCAGCCGGGUGCGCACGGAGUUCCCUCUGGGCCGCUAUGGCACCGCCGCUGAGGUGAAACAGGCAGUCCUCGCUGUGGAGUACAUGGAGCGCGGCACCAUGACUGGGCUCGCACUGCGUCACAUGGUAGAGCACAGCUUCUCAGAGGCGCAGGGUGCGCGGCCUCGUGACCUCAACGUGCCUCGUGUGGGCUUGGUGUUCACAGACGGCCGCUCUCAGGACGACAUUUCGGUGUGGGCAGCUCGCGCCAAAGAGGAAGGCAUCGUCAUGUACGCUGUGGGCGUGGGGAAGGCGGUGGAGGAAGAGCUGCGUGAGAUCGCAUCCGAACCGUCGGAGCUGCAUGUGUCCUACUCUCCGGACUUUAGCACCAUGACUCACCUGCUGGAGAAUCUCAAAGGCAGCAUUUGCCCAGAGGAGGGCAUCGGUGCAGGGACAGAGCUUCGGAGUCCCUGCGAAUGCGAAAGCCUGGUGGAGUUCCAGGGCCGCACGCUGGGGGCGCUCGAGAGCCUGACGCAGAACCUGGCCCAGCUGACAGAGCGCCUGGAGGAGCUGGAGAACCAGCUGGCUAGCCGGAAGUGAAGGUCGCGUGCCGUCUGAACACCCGUGCCCCGCGGCAUGGAUCGUCCGGGAGGGGGCGCUGGCGGGCCCCCAGCGCUGCCUUCGAGCUGGCCUCGCCUGGACCAGAAGCCAGAUUUGGGGGGCGAGGGGAUGGGGAGGUCCUGGUGGGGAAGGCACGCUACACUCGCACGCCCUCGCUACGUGCUGCGCCCACUUCUUGGUUGGAUUUCUUUUUUGUUUUCUUUUUCUAAAAAAAUACCAAAAAAACCGCAAAAAACAAACAAGCCUACACCGGU